GCUACUCGUCUCAUCAGCUGCCUGGAAGAAAAGUACCUGAGUGCAGCAGCCAGUUUGGACUGUAGAAACAGCAAAUAUAAUGGGUUUAACAUAUCACUAAAGCAUUGUUAUUAUGUAGUUAAACAGUGUUACUUACCUUUAACAUUGGAUACGUUUAUUUAUUUAUUCAUUUAUUUAGAAAGAAGAAGAGUUAGCUAGCUCGCUCGUCGGGGCUGAAUUUCGUGCGGUUUUUUUUUGCUUUUUUCAACUUUGUGGAAAUAUGUAACUGUGACAAAUGAGAUUAUAACAUGGAGCAGUCGGCCACUCUCGACAUAGAGACGUUGAAGAUUACCCAGGAGCAGUUUAUCCUCGCGUCUCAGUCCUUGCACCUCCAGCGGCCCGGCUGUGAUGCCGUGUACCCGGUGGGUCUGUACGGCUGGAGGAAGCGAGGCCUGUACUUCUUCCUGCUGCUACUCCUGGUCACCAUGAUCGUUAACCUGGCCCUCACGGUGUGGAUCAUGAAGGUCAUGAAUUUCUCUGUGGACGGGAUGGGGAACCUGCAGCUGAACCCGGACGGGAUUCACCUGGAGGGGAUCUCUGAGUUUGUCCUGCCUCUGUAUGUGAGCGAGAUCCAGUCCAGAAGGGACAGCAUGCUGGUCUUUCAGUCAGAGAAGAAUGUAACCCUGAACGUCAGAAACGAACAAGGCCAGCUGACCGGGCAGCUCACAGUGGGACCUGAAGCUGUGGAGGCUCAGUGUCAGAGGCUGGAGGUAUGGAGUAAAGGUGGAGACAAACUGCUGUUCACUGCAGAUGAGGAGGAGGUCAUCAUGACAACUGAAAAGUUCACCGUCACAGGCUCAGAAGGUGCCGUGUUUGGACAUUCAGUCGAGACUCCUCUGAUCCAGGCGAGGGCCUCUGAGGACCUGAAGCUGGAGUCUCCAACGCGGACCCUAACCAUGGAGGCUCCCCGAGGGGUAGAAGUGAGCGCUGCCACAGGGCCGCUGAAGGUCAGCGGUCGAAAGGACCUCCAGCUGGAGUCCACAGAGGGAGAGAUACUUUUAGACGCCAACACCAUUCAGCUGGGCGGCCUCCCGCUGGGCGUCUACACCGCGUCGCCCCAUCAGGUCUCCCAGCAAGAGGAAGUGUACGAGGUGUGCGUCUGCCCCAGCGGGAAGAUCUACCUCUCCCCCGCAGAGAGCAGCUCAACGUGCCAGGCCAUGAGCAACAUCUGCCUCUGGAGCUGACCAGGGACAACUUUGAACAUCUUUUCUUCUUUUUUUUUUUCCAGAGGCACAGAGAGAUCAAGACCGCUCAGGUGAAGCUCAAAGUCGUCAGUGUCUGAGCUCAGAUUAGUGCAGAAGGUUCAGAGUGCGCUGCCUGCAGUGGUCUGCUGGAGGUCAGGACUCCUAUACUGCUGACAGUGUUUGAUGAACAGCAGAGCAGCACACGAACGGGAUGACUUUUUCUUUUUCUAGAGGACACUCUUUUAUUUUUCUACUUUCAGUUCAUCAAAGACAACGUUCAGAAAGAAUAGAUGGGGAAAAGGUCAAAGUUGGGUGCCUGCAGCUUUAAAGGGAGACCUCUAAUGACUUGACAUUAAACCUGAAAGCAUCCAGAGAUGAAAGUUGAAGGUUUUUUAAGAACAGUGAGCACAAUUCUGUCAUGUGCAGCCCCCCCCCCCCCAAAAAAAAAAACAAAACAUGUUUUUAAUAAUUACAAUGGAUUUUUGAUUUUGUCUGCACUCUGUCUACCACAGUUUCAUUUGAAAUUAAACGUGUUUUUAUGUGGCACAAAUUACACUUGACUUUAAACUGUGAAGGAUUUGUCUACAUGCUGUCUUGAAUGUUCAGGUAAAUGUUGGACUUCAGCGGACUCCUCCAUGUCAAGGUAAAUCUUCUUCUUCUUCCUGAUACUGCUGAUGCUACGACAUGAAAUAAUAAGUGGAGGAAACUCUCACAAGAAGGUCCUUUAAGGUGUUUUGGAGCUUUUGAGCCUUUGACUUGUUCAUCAGCUGAUGGACUAUUUUCCGUUCUUGAACUGUAGAAGUUCAAAUUCCUCUUUUCCCCCUGAGCACUUUGAAGGGUGCUCAGGGUCGUCACUUUGUACCCAAUAUUUACUAGAAGGUGAACUGAGUAGAAAUUUUAGAGCUUUCAAUCUGAACCGGUAAAAUCGAAAUACUCAGUGUGGUGAUGAGGACCUUUGAUGUGACCAAAAACUCCAAAAACAGCUUUUACAGAGACCUUAAAGUCAGUGUUUUUUUUUAGACAUCUUUGUGCCUUUUUCAUCUCUUUUUAAGGAGUUCUUGCAUUUGAUUUUAAACAUCUCUGUAGGUUAAAUGAAUAUAAAUCUCAUCAAAUCACCCGUCGGUAAUUCUCGCAUAUUAAAUCUGUGUGAACUCUUCCUCUCCCUGAAGCCCAGCCUGGAUGUGGAGUUUGACACGAGAGGCCGGCUGACCUUGACUCUGCAGCUCAGAGCGAGGCAGGCAGCCAUGUGUUAGAAAGGCUGCCAGGGUGCGAAGACUUCCACUUCCUCGUCCUCCAUCAUCACCCUGCAGCAGCGGAGCGCCACUUUGGUAAGAAACACAACGGCAUCUGAAAAAUGAGAUUAGCAAACUCACUGAGGAAGGUUUUUAUUAUGCUUUACAGAGAGAAUGAAAGAUUGUUUGUUUGUUGGUGAAAAUGUACGUGUUAAAGUGUUAAACUUGGAUUCACCAUGCUAAUCUUUUGUAACAUUAUAUUGACUCGAGAAAAUGAAAAACAUGGGGGCGUAGUGGCUAAUGCGCACACCCCAACAACGAAGGCUGUAGUCCUCCAAACGGGCAGCGCGGGUUCAAAUCCAACCAGUGGCUCCUUUCCUGCAUGUCAUUCCUCACUCUCUCCCUCUCUCCAAUUUCUGACUCUGUCCUAUCUCUUAAAUAAAGGCAUAAAAAAAGCCCCCCUUC